AUGAAUCAGCUCGAUCUAUCGAAUGCUGCCCUGGUGCAGGACGAAAUGGGGAGACCCUUCAUCGUCGUUAGAGACCAGGGAAGGAAGCAGAGACAGCAUGGCACCGAAGCUGUCAAAUCCCAUAUCCUAGCUGCCCGGACUGUUGCCAAUAUCGUCAAGACCUCCUUAGGACCAAGAGGGUUGGAUAAGAUUUUAAUAUCCCCAGACGGUGAUAUUACUGUCACAAACGAUGGAGCUACCAUCUUGAGUCAGAUGGAAAUCACAAAUCAUAUUGCAAAACUCCUCGUCGAGCUAUCAAAAUCUCAAGAUGACGAGAUCGGUGAUGGUACCACAGGCGUUGUCGUACUAGCCGGGGCAUUGUUGGAACAAGCUGCGGAUCUGAUAGAUAAAGGCAUUCAUCCGAUACGUAUCGCGGACGGUUACGACGAAGCCUGCGAAAUUGCCGUUGCACAUCUAGAUAAUAUCUCAGACGUGGUAGAUUUCACACGCGAGAACACGGAAAACUUGCUAAGAUCGGCCAAGACCAGCUUGGGAAGUAAGAUCGUAUCGAUAGCCCACGACAAGUUCACCAAGAUUGCCGUUGAUGCAGUGUUGGCGGUAGCAGACUUGGAGCGAAAGGAUGUUGACUUCGAGCUCAUCAAGGUCGACGGCAAGGUUGGAGGUGCCCUGGAAGAUUCCGUGUUAGUCAAGGGCGUCAUCAUAGACAAAGACAUGUCGCAUCCUCAGAUGCCCCGAGUAGUGAAGGACGCAAAGCUUGCCAUCUUGACAUGCGCAUUCGAGCCCCCAAAGCCAAAGACAAAGCAUAAGCUAGAUAUCACUAGCGUGGAUGAGUUUAAGAAGCUCCAAGCUUACGAGAAAGGCAAAUUCGAGGAAAUGGUUAAACAAAUCAAGGACACUGGUGCCAACUUGGUCAUUUGCCAGUGGGGGUUUGACGACGAAGCCAACCAUCUUCUGUUACAGAACGAACUUCCCGCGGUCAGGUGGGUAGGAGGACCUGAGAUCGAGCUCAUCGCCAUCGCCACGAACGGAAGGAUCGUACCCAGAUUCGAAGACCUAUCGGCUGAGAAGCUAGGGAGAGCUGGUAUCGUAAGGGAACUUUCAUUUGGAACCACCAGAGAUCGAAUGCUAGUCAUCGAGGACUGUGCCAAUACCCGGGCCGUCACUGUUUUCGUGCGAGGAAGUAACAAGAUGAUCAUCGACGAAGCUAAACGAGCAUUACAUGACGCAUUAUGUGUGGUACGGAAUCUCGUCAAGGAUAACCGCAUCGUCUAUGGUGGAGGAGCGGCUGAGAUUGCAUGCUCACUGAAAGUAGCUGAAGAAGCUGACAAGCGACCCGGUUUGGAACAAUAUGCCAUGCGAGCAUUCGCCAAUGCACUUGAUGCGAUUCCGAUGGCCCUUGCUGAGAACUCUGGCCUAUCACCCAUCGAGACCCUAGCCCAGAUCAAAUCUCGACAAGUUCGGGAGAAGAGCUUCCGACUCGGUGUUGAUUGCAUGCAAACAGGCAGUAACGAUAUGAGGGAACACUUUGUUAUUGAUCCUUUGAUAGGCAAGCGGGAGCAGCUCAUGCUCGCCACCCAGCUCUGCCGUAUGGUCUUGAAGAUAAACAAUGUCAUCGUGUCAGGCAGUGGCGAAGACGAUUUCUAA